AGGACUCGGGGCGCGGGCAGGAAGCGGGGAGGGGCGGCGGGGCGGGGGCCUCCGGAAAAAAAAAAAAAAAAAAAAAAACAAGCCCCGACUUCCUGCCCCGCCAGAGCCAGGAAGCGGGAGCCGGGACGCAGGGCCCCGGAUCGCCGAGUCCGACCUCGGGCCACCUCCCAGCGCGGACUGCAGCCCUGCAGAGUCUAUGGAGACAGAAGAUGUCACCAGAGGGCUGGCCCCAGGGCCCCCCCGGCCUGGCAUGGUGCCCGUCAGCAUCAUUGGGGCUGAGGACGAGGAUUUUGAGAAUGAGCUGGAGACGAACACAGAGGAACAGAACAGCCAAUUCCAGAGCCUGGAGCAGGUGAAGCGACGCCCAGCCCACCUCCUGGCCCUUCUGCAACAUGUGGCCCUGCAGUUCGAGCCAGGACCCCUGCUCUGCUGCCUGCACGCGGACAUGCUGGGCUCCUUGGGUUCCAAAGAGGCCAAGAAGGCCUUCCUCGACUUCUACCACAGCUUUCUGGAUAAGACUGCGGUUCUUCGGGUGACAGUCCCUUCCACUGUAGCCUUUGAACUUGACCGCACGCGGCCCGACCUCAUCUCCGAGGACAUGCAGCGGCAAUUUGUGCAAGAGGUGGUGCAGAGUCAGCAGGCGGCCGUGAGCCGGCAGCUGGAGGACUUCCGCUCCAAGCGACUGAUGGGCAUGACACCCUGGGAGCAGGAGCUGACCCAGCUGGAGGCCUGGGUGGUGCGGGACCGUGCCACUUUUGAGGCCCGGGAACGGCACGUGGCUGAGCGGCUGCUGGGCUCUCUGGAGGAUAUGCAGCACACCAUCUCUACCGAUGAGGAGAAGAGUGCUGCCGUGGUCAGUGCCAUCACCCUAUACAUGCGCCACCUUGGGGUGCGGACCAAGAGCGGGGACAAGAAGUCAGGGAGGAACUUCUUUCGGAAAAAGGUGAUAGGGAACCGGCGGUCAGACGAGCCAACCAAGACCAAGAAAGGAUUGAGCAGCUUCCUGGACGCUGCUGCCCGCUGGAACCGAGGAGAGUCCCAGGUCCCAGAUUAUCGACAUCUCAAAGUUGAGGCUGAUGUUGAGAAGCCAGGCCUUGCAGAUCGGAAGGGAAGCCUGGGCUUUUCUUCCCGGGACCGGAACUCUGGGACUUCUGGGCAGGAUGCCCCCGGAGUUUCUCUGCACCCUUUGUCAGACAGCCCAGACCGGGAACCCGGUGUGGAUGCCCCUCUGGAGGCUGGAGACUUGCCCCUGCAAGGGCCCACAAACCUGGAGCCCCCAGCACCUCAGGAGAAUGCUGAGGAGGGCGCUGAUAUAGAGAGGCUGUCAGGGCGUCUGGGGCGCUCAGAGAGCCUGCGGGUGAGUGACCGCCGCCGGCCUUCCCGGGGCAGCCUCGGGGCUAAGGGCCGGGGUGGGGGCCGCUCCCGGAGCGACGUGGACAUGGACCCCAGCUCUGCCACAGCUGUGCUUGGCCCCACCCGACGAGCCACUCCUGAGCCUGGAGACGAGGGGGAGCCCAAGUCAGGCCUGGAGCUUGAGCCAGAGGAGCCCCCUGGCUGGCGGGAGCUGGUCCCCCCAGGCACCCUACACAGCCUGCCCAAGAGCCAGGUGAAGCGUCAGGAGGUCAUCAGCGAGCUGCUGGUGACAGAGGCGGCCCACGUGCGCAUGCUCCGGGUGCUGCAUGACCUCUUCUACCAGCCCAUGGCGGAGGGUGGCUUCUUCCCCCUGGAAGAGCUGCAGAACAUCUUCCCCAGCCUGGACGAGCUCAUCGAGGUGCAUUCCCUGUUUCUCGAUCGGCUGAUGAAGCGGAGGCAGGACAGUGGCUACCUCAUUGAGGAGAUCGGAGAUGUCCUGCUGGCCCGGUUUGAUGGUACCGAGGGCUCCUGGUUCCAGAAAAUCUCCUCCCGCUUCUGCAGCCGCCAGUCCUUUGCCUUAGAGCAGCUCAAAGCCAAACAGCGCAAGGAGCCUCGCUUCUGCGCCUUCGUGCAGGAGGCUGAGAGCCGCCCGAGGUGCCGCCGCCUGCAGCUGAAGGACAUGAUCCCCACGGAGAUGCAGCGCCUGACCAAGUACCCCUUGCUCCUGCAGAGCAUUGGGCAAAACACAGAAGAGCACAAGGAGCGGGUGAAAGUGGAGCGGGCAGCCGAGUGCUGCCGGGAAAUCCUGCACCAUGUCAACCAAGCCGUGCGUGACAUGGAGGACCUGCUGCGGCUCAAGGACUACCAGCGGCGCCUGGACUUGUCCCACAUACGGCAGAGCAGUGACCCCAUGCUGAGCGAGUUCAAGAACCUGGACAUCACCAAGAAGAAGCUGAUCCACGAGGGCCCGCUGACAUGGCGGGUGACAAAGGACAAGGCUGUGGAGGUCCAUGUGCUGCUGCUGGACGACCUCUUGCUGCUGCUCCAGCGCCAGGAUGAGCGGCUGCUACUCAAGUCGCACAGCCGGACGCUGACGCCCACACCCGACGGCAAGACCAUGCUGCGGCCGGUGCUGCGGCUCACGUCCGCCAUGACCCGAGACGUGGCCACUGAUCACAAAGCCUUCUAUGUCCUCUUCACCUGGGACCAGGAAGCCCAGAUAUAUGAGCUGGUGGCCCAGACUGUGUCAGAGCGGAAGAACUGGUGUGCCCUCAUCACCGAGACUGCUGGGUCCCUGAAGGUCCCUGCCCCUGCCUCCCGCCCCAAACCCCGGCCAAGUCCAAGCAGCACGCGAGAGCCCCUGCUCAGCAGCUCAGAGAACAGUAACGGUAAUGGAAGCCGAGAGAUGCCCCUGGCUGAUGGCCGGAUGGAGAAGAUCCUUAGCUCCCUUCUGCCCUUCUGCAGACCCGGCCCUGAGGGCCUGCUCUCUGCCAAGGCCCUUCAAAAAGUGCUGUCCCUGAAACUACAUAUGAUUGAGGAAGACAACGGAGCAGGGCCUCCCCAAGAAGGGGAUGGGGUCCCUGGGGGCGGCCCCCCUAGCUCCACCCGGAUGCAGGAGAUGCAGGAGGACCUGCUGGACCUGGAGGAGACCGUUAAACAGAUGGAGGAGAUGGAGGAGGAGUUCUGUCGCCUGCGACUCGUCCUGUCUCAGCUCAGGGAGUUCAUUGUCCCCCAGCCUGGCUGCACUUGAGGCUUCUGUCCCAAGCGACCUUCCACAAACAGAGGAAUGGAGGAGAGGCCACCCCACCGCACAGCUGCCUGCGUCUCCAGCCCCAAGGGCUACGUCUGUCUUCAGCCCCAAGGGCUACUCCAGAGAAAGCCGGGCUCCCGCCUCACCUGCCCAGGGCCAGCCCAGACCACUGCCCUCCCCACCUCCCAUGGCCUCUGCCUUCUCUCCCUCCUGCCAUCCACUUGGGGGACUCAGGGCUUCAUUCGGGGGAGGGGCACCAAAGUGACACACACCCCACCCCACCCCCCGUGUCCCGGGCCAUCUCAGUAUUGCCUGGGGUGGGGGCCACCCCUCUCCCUCCCCCACCCCCAAGUGCCUUUGCUCUGUUUUUAUAUCCUGGAUUGGAGGUUUAUUUUUUAAUAUAUAUUAUCUAAGGA